ACUGCUAUAUAAAAAGUGCGUUAAACCUCCGCCUAGGAGAGAGAGAGCACCACCGCCCACAAUGAAGAGGUUUAGCGGGCUGAACCGUACCAUUUCCCGGGCCACACAACCCGCCGCCCUCACCGCCACCCCUACUCACGACCGGAUUCUCCACACGGCGCCGUACACCACCACCAGCAGCUCUUCUCCGUUCAAGUCUCGUUUCCUCUGGUACCACGCAAUCGCCAAUCCCUCCUCCGGUCACUGGGCUCGAUCCGCCGCCGCCAAUGCCGUCGCCGGAACCAUGAUGUUCUCGGUCGCCGCCUCUACGCUCGCCGACGAGGUCCACGCCAAGGAGGCGCCGUCUAAGAACUUCAAUCCCAAGGAAGUCGUCCUGUAUCAGUAUGAAGCUUGCCCCUUCUGUAACAAGGUUAAAGCAUUCCUGGAUUACUAUGACAUUCCUUACAAAGUUGUGGAGGUCAAUCCCAUCAACAAAAAGGAGAUCAAAUGGUCUGAUUACAAGAAGGUCCCCAUACUGGUGGUUGAUGGUGAACAGAUGGUUGACUCAUCAGAAAUUAUUGACAAGUUGUUUUUAAGGGUCCAUCCUGGGACACCUGUUGACCUUGGCUUAGAGUGGCGCAGGUGGGUGGAUAAUCACCUGGUGCAUGUCUUAUCACCAAAUAUAUAUCGAUCUCCUUCUGAGGCUCUUGAGUCUUUCGAUUAUAUUGCCACCCAAGGCAAUUUCAGCUUCACUGAAAGAAUAAUGGCAAAGUAUGCUGGAGCUGCGGCUAUGUACUUUGUGUCAAAGAAACUAAAGAAGAGAUACAAUAUCACUGAUGAGCGUGCAGCCUUGUAUGAAGCUGCAGAGAAAUGGGUGGAUGCACUUAAUGGUCAAAAAUUUCUCGGUGGGUCAAAACCUAAUUUAGCUGAUCUUGCGGUCUUUGGUGUCUUGAAACCUAUCCGCUACCUCAAGUCUGGUAGAGAUAUGGUAGAGCACACGCGCAUUGGUGAGUGGUACUCCAGAAUGGAAAGUGAAGUUGGGAAGUCUUCCAGAGUAAUGGAGCAAAAGUAGUUUAUUUGAAGUUUUCUUUAGGCGAUGAAAAACUGGUUAGGGAAACAGAGAGAUUAAAUACCGAGAGUUCAUAGGUUGAUUAUAGAGAAUAAUACGCACCUUGAUCUGGAUUUCUUUUCCCUUUGUUGGUGGCCCUUCUGGAGUGUCACUCAUGAUUAUUUGGUAUGUUUCGAAUUCUUAGAUCUGUUUGAAGCUCGCAAUGUGUUUGGGCACACUGUUUAUUUCAUAUGAUGCAGUCUCUAAUCUAGAUUAAGCAGCUCGUGGAUUGCUUGCA